AUGGAUUAAAUAUAUGAAUGUUUAAUGAAAAUGCAGAGUUACUUUUCAAAUCCGCAUAGUCAAUUUGAGCCAUAAAUUGAAUCUUGUUUAACAGGUAAUGGUUUUAUUAAAUUUUAGAACUUAAAACACAUUUCAAAAAUAUGGAAACAUGGGAUUCAGAAAGUCCUAAUAUUUAAUUGUACUUUGAUAGAUUAUAAGAACUUUGGUUUAAUUUUAAAAAGAAGAAGAAUACUUCUCCUCAAAACUUGCAAUGGGCAUAAUAAUAAUUGAAAGAGAUUAUUUCUGAAUAUAAUGAAAUUGAAAAUUAUUAGAGUAGCGAUUAAAAAUCGGAAAAUAUACAUCUUAAAAAUGAAGUUAACAUGCUUAAAAUGCAAUUAGAUUGUAUGUAAAGAAAGCAACAAAAAGAGAGAAUAGAUACUUAACACUUUUAAAGAGCUGCUGAGGAGUUAAAAAAUAAAAAUUAAACGAUCAAAAAAUUAUAAAAGGAAGUUUAACGAUUAGAAGAAAAGCGUCAAGAGGACUUAAAGCGACAUUAAGAAACGAUUCAAAAUAUAAAAAAAAAUUAAAUGCAAAAUAAACCUUUUGAUGUUAAGCAACUAGAAGAAGAAAAUAUGAGAUUAAAAAGCAUGAAUAUAGAAUUAAUGCAAGAUGUUUAAAAUUUAAAAGAAUAAUUAAAAGGCAAAGAUUUUUUAAUCUAAGAUACAAGGGAGUUAGAAAAAUAUAAAGAAUUAGUCUAGAAAUAAUAAACAGAAAACAGAUCUUUAGAAGAAUAAAUAUCAUAACUUUAUGACGUAAAUAAUAUUAUUAUAUAAAUUAGAAAUUAAAUUUAGGUAAAUAAAAUGAAAUGGAAAAUGAAAUUGCAUAAUUGGAAACUAAAUUGAAAUAAUAAACAAAUUUAUUGCAAAAAACUAAUGAUGAUAAUAAAAACUUAUAAAAAAGAAUUGAAUAACUUAAAUAAUAAAAUCAAAAAUUAAUUCAAAAAACAUUAGAACCUUUGGGAAUUCGAAUUCUGCCAGAAAUCAAAGGAGUUCAAUCUCAUUUUAAUGCUGUUAUGCAUUUAUUAGAAGCAAUAACACCAUUUUCAGCUGUUUUAACUGUUACAGAUAAAGUAAGUUCGAUCAUUCUCAAAUUCAUUACAUAUAUUCGAAAAGAAGCUGAGUAAUUUUCCCCUCAAACAGCAAUAUAAUUGUAAGAAUUAUUAAGAAUUGAAUUAUAAAAUGAUAAUAGAGCCAAUGAUUUCUUAUUUCAAAUAAUUGAUCAUCUCUCAAAAGCAAUAAUAAAACAAGAUGAAUAAAAAUCAUAAAUAGCAUCAAUCAUUCAAACAUAGGAUUCUCCUAUAUAUGAUUAAUUUUUCUUUUUAUAAAGAGUCUUUCCUAUGGAUUUAGAAAGUAAAAAUAAUUUAAUUAUUAUUAGUUCAAUAAAAUGAAGUUCCAUUAAUUAAUAGUAUAAAACAUAUUCGAUAUUUUGAAGCAAUUAUAUAGCCAGGAGUUGAGUUCUUUACUUAUUUGCAAGGAUUGAUUAAAUUAGAGGGGUAAGAAAAUAUAAUUGAUGACAAUGUUGGAGAUUUUAAUUUCUUGAUUUUUCCAUAAUACUUGAUAUUAAAUGUUUGUGAGUUGUCUUUACAAAAGGCUGACAUUAAAAUAUCAUUUAAGUUACCAUCAAGUUGUUUAAAUUAAAAUGUUUAAGAUUUUGAAUAUUCAUUGAUAUCAAUAGUUCAUUGCAGCGAUGGCCUAGAUGGAUAACCGACAUAUUCGAUAACUUUAUGCAAAAACAAUAAUUGGGUUUAAAUUUAAAAUGAUAAUGCAACGUCCAUUUCAAUAAACGAUAUACUUACAUUCAAAUAACCUUAUAAUGAUAAAGAACUAUUAAUUUACAAAAGGACUAAAAAAUGA